CUGGAUUUGGCAAACAAGAUGACAUGGUCUUAUUCAAUCCAUCUGGAGCCAUGCGACAAGGGAGUCCGUCAUAUCAGCAUCCACAGUGAUGCCCCUCGGUUUGCAGAGAGACAUGAACAAUCCGGAUACAAAGUCUUGUCGCCGGGCCGGGCUGAGCAGGGUUGACUGGGCAGAAGAUCAUAUCAUGGCGGCGCUCGAAUCGCUCUCGGGUCCAACAUCCUGUCCGAUUUACCGGUCAGUGCCCCCAUCCCUGCCAUGACUGAUCUUACCUUGUUCUUGACUGCUUCUAAUUAUCAGGUUUACUCCCGUUCUCUGGACUCUGUAGUCUGCCAUCGCGCAUCUCCCGUCCAAUGUCUCGUUCUCCUUGAACUUUCCCCUCCUUCUCUCCACGGACCUUGGACCCAUCAUUCCUUCAGCCCCAGCCCAUUGAGUGCUUCUCCGCAAUGCUCCGCUCUUCGGGGGAAAGUAGCCAACGGGCGACGCCAGCAAAGAGGAAAACGACGCAAUGCGCCCUAGGCUUUCUGAGCCUCCAAAGUCCAGUGCCUUAGGUAAGCACGUGCAAGGUAAGGUAUCCAAAGGUGUCCCGCAGGGCGGGGUAGGCGCUGACACGAAGCGGGCAAGCCGCGAACCUGCCCGUCCAUUCACGCGCUGCGUAGGCCAGUCUUCGGUCGUGCUCCGGCUCAGUCCGGCCGAAGAAUCGCGCGUCGCCAAUGCUGCACCCAAUCGUGCCCUCUUUCUUUUUCCCCUCUGGCUGCAUUGGAUCAGCAUGGGGGGGGCUUUAGCUCGAUAGCCGCACUCACGUCAAGCAUGUGGGUUUGACGCGCGCGCCGUACCAGUCAUCGCAAGCAUUGGAUGAGGAGUUCCUGCUAAGACAUCUGGGUCCUCUGGAAUCCUGGGUUCCAUCUCUGCAACCGCACAUUGAAGAAGAAAUCAACCUCUCACAAGAUUCCGGGGUAAAAACUUAUGUAACACAGUACAUACCCUGCGGUGCCUGUGGUAGCUUCCUGUCCAACGCUCGCGCCAAAAGGUUCAGGAUCAGAUAUGACAGAUGAGCCGCGACUUGCUGUAACUUGUGGGAGGAGUCAUAUUGGCCACCCCGUCAGCCUCUCCCGCCCCAGGGAAGUUGCCUGUCGUGUCUGUCUGCUACCGUUACGUUGUUGCCAAUAGUGUCAACGAAAAGUAGGAACUCACAAGCUUACCCAGCAGCCAGCGCCAAAUCAGCCAACUUUUCUGCUCCACACCCGAAGCGGAAAGUCUGUCGUCAUCCCAGGAUACCGCUGGCUUCCAGAGGACACAACAAAGGUGCAAAAAAUCACACAAAAGGGAGGGCCGUUGUAGCACAGAGCAACAAGCAACCAAAUGGAGCCUCGUCGCAAUCGCUCCCUCAUCGGAAAUCCAUCUUCUAACCAAGGGGAACCAUAGGAACGUGGGCAGACAACGGUUGCGCCUCCAUUCGAUACUCGAUUCUGGCAACGCUACCUUAGAUCAGACAACCACAAGUCGGCUGACGACGUAGACUGACUACCUACCUUACCUUACUCGCAGCGCUCCGGUUCCGUCCUCUCUUUGGAAACCACCUUCCGACCAGUCUCACGUGCUCUCCAGCAUUUAUUCGCCCGUGAGGUGUGUUGUUCCUGCAAAGGCACCGAGCCAGAUCAGGCAAGAGCGGAGAGGCGGGAGCGAGAGACAGAGAGAGAGAGAGAAAGAGACGGGAGGGUUGUUGGCGUGAGACACCUCCAAGUCACCACCACCAAUCUUGGGAAACUGCGCUUUGCUAGACCACUUGCUGCUGCCACCAGUUGCGGCAGGUAAGCCAUUGGAUCUUACCUUAGUUCAGCUGGGAAAAAAGACACAUUCCUUCCAGACUGCCGUACCGCCUUCCUUACCUCUUUGCAACUCGCCAUGAGAGUCUCUUCUCUUAUCACACAAACAUCAUCGCUUAAUACGGUCGCCUUGUGAAGCCAUCUGGACGCCUUACCUACCUACUAUUCGCGCCUCGAUCCAGCCACUCGCUACCUCAAUAGCAGGCUCUACCAGCUCGCCAAUCUUCAGCCCCUCGUCCGUAUUAAACAGUCUACACUCGUUGCCAACACUAGGCCUCCAAUCUCCAACACACAAGUCUCGCUUCAUUCCGCUUUCCUCGUCAUGGCCAAACUAUUGAUCCCACCCACAUCGAUCAAUACCAAGCUCAGUGUGAAGGCGGUUGCAGAGAUAUCGUCCAAAGAUGUCCCCAGGGAGCAUAGCCCAGCAUCGGGCAAGGUCUUCAAUAUGGGAGUGCUGGUAUCGGACGAAAAUGUUCAUGUUAGCCCCUGGACACACGCCAUUUAUGUCGGUGAAGGUGCCGCCAACGUUCUAUUCAUCCCGUUUUUGUAUACCAAGUUUGCGCGGCAGGAUAACAAAGACAGGACCGAGGACGACUUAUUAACAAGAUACCUCUUGAGAGUACCAAAGCAACCCAAAGGUGGCGACAAACCAUUCUAUCCGCCAGAAGAGCAGUGGUUUUAUUUCUGGGACACCAUUGCUCCUCUCUUCACCUACCGCGCGGAUAUACUGACCGACAUGAAAUAUGCUUUUCUCCCAAAAGACGCCAUGAAGCACAUGCAGAACGUUCUGGAUGCGUUGAACAAAGCUCCGGCAGGAGCCAAAAAGCGACCCGCCAAGUUCGAGAACACCAAAAUCAUGGAAACAGAUAGGGCCUGCCUGAUCGAGAGCAUGCGCGCGCGGAGCGCCGACGAGCGCGUAGUCGAAUUUAAGCCAAAAUGGCUCGCCCAGUCGCCAUCCGCGCCGACGAACGCCAACACAUGUCGCUGCUGUGCACUCGCGGCCAAGAAAUUCAAAGACAGCAAGGACGCCGGCAGCAACCCGCGGUACUACCCGUGCCCCCUCUGGUUGGACCCCGAGAGAGAGACGCCCAAGGGUAGGGAGGAUGUGCGUCAGAAGGCCAUCUCCAGCUUGUUCCAGUACAGCAGCGCCGGAGACAACAAGCACGCCUCUAUCCUGUACGACCUGCUGAAGAGGACGCCUAUCCUCACCUUAUUGAAAAGGCACCAGACCCAAAAGGAUCCCCGCGGGCCCCUGAACGCGAGCAAAACCGACGAGGAGUUUAGUAUCGCCAUGACGUUGCGAGACUGCUCCCUCUACAUGCGAUACCGUCUUGAAAAGAAGGGCUCACAGGAGAUUGUGGUUGCGGACUCGUUUGAGGCCAAACUUGCCGAUCUCGACAAGAAGAACGUGUCCUGGAAGUUUCAAGAGUGGCAGGAAAAAGAGCGCGCGUUGAUCGACGAAGGCUGGUACACCGGGCGCGGAAAGAUGGUGAACUGCGCUCUCCAGGGCUAAAGGACGUCGAAGUCGAAGCGGUUGUGUAGUAGUAGUGUAUUUGUAGCAAAGCAAAGCGUAAUGUAAUUUUUGC